AUGGCCUUGCUGGUCGGAGGGCGAGACAGCGUGGUGUCCAUAUCGGCGGCCGAGUCACUCAAAAUGUUGGUACUCUCCGUGGUCUGGGGCUCGUGGAUCGUCGUCAAGAACGCGGUCUCCAGGGUCUUCAGCCCCCUGUGGUCCGACGGCGGCAACUACAUAGACCUGGCCUCCAGUGAAAAUGCCGUCAUCAAUGCCCGUGGAAAGGCCAUCCACCGGGCGCCCAUUAGGGACCGUCCGCCGCCGUGUCUGUCCACCACGGUUUAUGGUACCCACUCGUACGUCAAAGUCAAGGGUGUUAAAUUGCAUUACGUCGAAUGUGGUGAUCCUAAUGGAUCGAUUGUUCUUUUACUACACGGAUUCCCAUCUUGUUGGAUUAGUUGGCAUCAUCAAAUACCCAUCUUGUCGAAACACUUUCGUGUGAUUGCUGUAGACCUUAAAGGUUUUGGUGAUUCUGAUAAACCGUCAUCACGCAAAAGUUAUCGAGUUGAAAAACUGGUCAACGAGCUAGCCGUGUUUUUGUCGUUGCUUGGAGUGGACGGCCGUAAUAAAUGUCACGUAAUCGGCCACGACUUGGGCGCUUUAUUGGGUUGGUAUCUGGUACAUCUUUGGCCCAAUUUUGUGUCAAAAUUUGUAGCCAUUUCAUGUCCACAUCCAAAUGUCCACUGGGAGUAUUUACCUUCAUCAAGUUUCUUUAACAAAAAUUGGAUUUACUUCAGUCAACUUCCUUAUUUACCGGAAAUGGACGCUUUGCAAAGUGAUCAAAAAAUAAUAAACCAGUGUUAUCAACACCUAUCUAAGAAUAAGAAAAGUGAUGACUCAUCUUACAUCGACGCAUAUAAAUAUACAUUUUCAAGAACAGUGGACUGGACGGGUGCUAUAAAUUAUUUUAGAAACUUACCAUUCUACAGAAUCGAGCCUCGGAGUAAUAAUAAUUCUUUAAAUAAAGAAGAAGACAUGCUUCAAGUUCCGUGUUUGCUCAUCAUCGGUGGUAAAGAUGUAAGUGUACAAAUUGAAAGUUUUAUCAAAUCCACAGAAUUUCUCAAAACAUCUACUUUAAGAAUAAUUGAUGAUGCAUCACAUUUUCCCCAUCAAGAGCAACCUAAAGUAGUCAAUGAUCUAUUGACAUCAUAUUUAGUUCGUGUAAAAGUAGUUCAAAAGGUGCUUCGACAACAAACAUGUGGUGGUAUAGUUGGACGAAUGAAAGAUAUCGUUUCGUCUACGGUUCAGUAUGGAAAUACGUUGAAAGAUUCAAUGCAAAGAAACACUUCACCACAAACAAUCAAGGCCAAAACAUCAUAG